GUUCAUUCUCAAUGUCAUUAUGUAAGAGAAAACGACAAAAUUGGCUUCUGCGAAUAGGAUCACCAUCUUCAAGUCCUUAUACGCCGAUACCAUGAAAAGGAUAUUUUCGUUCACGGUGCUUGUAGUGGGAUCAUCUUCAAACGCUUGGAGGAUUAGAUCUUCGGCUCCAGGAGGAUAUCGACCUGGAUUAAAAGCAGGUUCAUUACGUGUUACACUUCCAGUCUCGUAAAGACUCCGGUAAGUAUUGUAAAACAC